AUGGUCGGGAGCCCCCGGGUUUGGGAGGAGCAGGCUCCUUGCAUGCAGCCGCUGCUGGGGGUGCUGGGCAGCGUCUGCGAGGCAACGGCACAGGUGGCCGAUGCAGAGGUGGAGCGACAGAGACAGGCGGCGCCGGAGUAUGAGAAAUGGAUCGCACAGGCGCUGGCGGAAGCCGACUCCGUGGACGGCCCCUUCUGGCUGCCGUGCGUCCGGGACCAGCGAGAUCCCUUGAAGUCCUGCUCGGCAUCAGCCAACCUGUCCUGGAUCAUGCAGCACUUCCUCUCGCAGCUCUGUCAGGAGAGCCAGCAGAAAGAGACUUCGACGCCCAAGAGUCAACCUCGCAGCACAGGUCCAAGAUGUCCGAGCGGCACCAUGUCUAGCGCAGCCAAGGCUCCUACAGCCGAGCAGGAGAGUUCCUCACGGGACGUCGCGGAGCCCUCCUCGCCCAUCGGCUCGCCCAUCGUCGCCUCGCCGCCGAAGCGUCCUCGCACCCGCCCCGACUGCAAGGACUUUGCAAGUCCCCUGUCGGAGCGCAUCGCCAAGGCGCCUUCGCCCAUCCGCGCGCUUCACUUGGGACCGCGCCCAGGCAUGCCUUGCCCAGUUGAUGACGAAGCAGGAGGGCCUUCCGAUGCCCUGGUGCCCGAGCUUGCUCCCAGCUCCCCAGCCAAGCCGAUCCUCCCACGGGCGGCGCCUGCUCCGUCGCCGGCGCCCGCAGAGAGGCCCCUGGCCACCGUCGUCGCAGCGCCCCGAUCUGGCCCUGCAGCACCUGCCGCGUUGGCUCAGGACUCCACCAUCGAGCCAACCGAGGAGAUCCACUUGCCAAGUCGGCCGGCCAUUUCCAUGGCCGAAUGGAAGUCCAAGGCCCUCUUCGCUGCUGCACCGCCGGAGUCGCCGAAGGAGGUAAAGGUUCGGAGCAGGAUCCGGCCGCCUGCCAGUGGGCAGCAGGCCCUGCGGUGCAAGGAGCGCCAGCAAGGAGAAACCCAGGUGGAGAAGACCAGCCCCGAGCGCAAGGACCAGUCGACUCCUAUCAAAGUGGCAGACCGAAUCAUGAUGUUCGAGAUGCUGAAGACCUGGACUCCACAAACAGCUGAGAAAGUCAUCUCGCCGAGCGUGCAAUGCAGUAAAGCUGGCGCAGCUUCCUCUGCGCCGAGGAUGAUGAAGCCACCCAGCGCGAAUCGAGGCAGUGCCAGCACCGAUCGCGGCUCUGCUUGCAGUGCUGCAGUGGACGGCAGCUCGCUUUUCACACCGGUGCAGCACCCCUGGGCGCGCGAUGUGAAGCCCAAGGAGCUCUUCCGUCACUCCGAUCUGGCGCCUACACGGCCACCUUUGGCAAAAAGUGUACGCAAACCUACCGGACCGACGACAGCGUUUGGCAGCACUGUGCCGCCCAUUCCGGCCAAGCAUGUCGUAGCAACGUCUUUGCAGCCGCCCUCCAGCGCCCGCUCCGCAGAGACCGAGCCCCCGGACAGCGCGCGGAGCGCGGAGGCGUUCGGCCGCCUGGCGUUGGGCCACAAGCGUGAUGACAUCGCAAAGCCAAAGUCUCUCCGUGCAGCAGAACAGGCCAAGCAGGCAGAAGAAAGACGGCAGAAAGAGCGACAGGAACGUGACCAGGAGCGCGACCGCGCACGCAUCGCCGCUGCCCAGGCCGCCGCGGCGCAGGCGGCGCAGGAAGCCCGUGCAAAGGCCGCUGGGGCGGCUCCAGGCCCCCGGGACACGCCAAAGGCAGCUCCGAAAAAUGCGAGGCCCUCGAACGAGCCCCUCCUGUCUCCCGGAUUCCUCGCACGCCACGCUUCGGCGCCAGUCCUCCCUUUGCAGGAGCGUCCUGUGCAGGUCGAGACGGUGGAGGACCACCAGCUAAAGAGAAUGCCCUCGGUGCCGUUGUUCCGUGAGCCCUACCUGGACCUGCGGAACAUCAACCUGUCGCCAAAGAAGCCAGAAGACAACUACGCCAUCUCUGACUACGGUGGUGACUCCGAAGGUGAGGACACCGCAGCACGGGAGAAGAUGCGCCAGAAAAAGGCGGUCCCGCGGUGGUGUGACAGGUAUCUGCUGCAAGUCCAGAAGCAAGUGGACAUCGAUCCAGACACCAUCUUUGGCAAAGUGCCUCGCUGUGUUUUGGACGACAUGUUCCCCGACUUCCUCUACCAGCAGGCUCGACAGAAAAGACCUGCCCGCCGACGUGGCUCCUCCGGCGACUGGCGCCGCGAUCGCCUCACGCGAUGUGAGAUCCGCUCCUACAAGCAACGGAUGGGCCAGAAGCGGAGUUGGGACGACGGACAUGUGGUGGAUGGGCGCCACUGA